GGAGGAAAUCGGUAUUUGCGCAUAGCCGAAGAAAAAGGAAUAGGCACAAAAACAAAGUUCUCGAAAAGCGGAAAAUAAAAAGUUAAAUGAGUCCUUUAGCCAAGCCAAUUGCACUUUGAGUAUGAGCAACAAUCAUCCUUGGAGGGAUCUGCUGAUGAAGCCAGUGUGGUCCAAGGAGCGCGGUCAUGUAGAUGCAGUGUAGAUACCCGGGUGGACAAACAGAUACAGAUACACACACCAUCAGAAUCUAGCGAAUCGCGAGCACAUCCUGCACACUCGCCAUGAAGGUGUUCCGGCUGCGUCUGGUCAAGUUGCUGCUGCUAGGAUUCCUGCUGGCCAAUCUGGUGUUCCUCUAUUACACGUGGAACACGCUGCUCUGGCGGCGGAUAAGUAGGGCUCUGUCCGGAGAAUCCCUGCCGGCAGAGGAACCGCCAAAGGCCGCCAAACUGUCGCCCAAGGAGAAGCUGCGCAAUGCCAACAAACACAUACGCAAGUCCGUCACCAUCGUGUUCUAUGGCCACUACAACUUCGAGCAGGAUCUGAAGGCAUCGAUCGACAGCAUCCUGGACGUGAUACCCAACAUGCCCAUCCUGGUGCUCCAGGAUGGCGGUGCCGAGUAUGCCUAUCCGCCGGUCAACUACGAGCGGAACCUAACCGCCGGCGAGGAGCGCACCGUGCUGUUCCAGAGUCUCUCCUUCGAUGUGCGGCGCACGCGGCAGGAGCUGAAUCCCUUGGCCUCCAUUCGGACUAAGUACGUCCUCAUCAUGCCGGACGGCGUGCGGCUGAGCAGCAAGAACAUCCUGCAGAAGAUUCUGCGUGAGAUCAACUCCAUGGGUCUGCCGGGUCAGCCCAAGGAGCAGCGACCUCCGGUGCCGCCGGAGCAGUUGGUGCGACGCAUGGUGCUAGUACCCUUCGCCGGCAAUCUGAAGUCCUUCAGCAGCUGCGUCAAGAUGAACCUGGAUCUGCCCGACUGGACACUGGAGCUGGUGGCCACCAACGAUACGAGACAUUGUGAUUUGUUUCUGCAGAAGCACGCGAUCCUGUUGGAUGCAGCUGCGCUGGGAGCCAUGCCUGAGCCCUUCUCCCUGCCCUUUCCGGAAAUGCUCUACAUGCAGGCCAAGAUGACCAAUCUCUCGACCACUGUGUUCCCGCAAGCCUUUCAGGAGGGACGGCGUCUGUUCGCCUCCUUCCACACCAAACAGCGGAGGAUGGACCUGCGCCGUCGCCAGUUCCGUGAGAUGUACAAGAAAAUGCAGAUCAAGCGGAUCGUGAGAAGGGCAUACAGGGUGCCAGGAAAGGCUCAGGCCCGGGAGGUGUGGGGUCAGGGACACGGCUUGGUCCUGGACGGCCAGUUCUCGUCCUCGAACACCUCGCUGCCCCUGAUCACCGACAUCGAUCUGUUCGGCUGCGAGCGGACCACCAAGUCCUGCAUAGGCAGUGUGUAUAACGAGAGACCCUACUACUCCUACCUGGGCAAGCACACGCCACCGUGCUGCCUGGACAAGCUGAGAACGACCUUCAACCAUGUGAUGGAGGAGUUCGAGAACGUGGGCAUACGCUACUGGCUGGACAAUCGAGCUCUGCAGAGCGCCAUCGAAACCAACCACCUGUCUCCGGAUGCCUACGACAUCGACAUUAGCUUCAAUGUCCAGGACCUGGAGCGAUCCAAUGCGAUGAAGAAGUCGCAGAGCAAGCCCUAUGUGGACAACGAGGGAUUCUAUUGGAUUAAGGCUACCGAUGGCCAUCAUUUCCGCGUCCAGUUCUCCAAGCCCAACCAGGUGGGCGUCAAUCUACUACCCUAUUCCAUCAGUGGAACGGAGGCGAAGGCCAGUGGCUUCUUCGGCUGGAAGGCCAGAAGCUUCUCGGCGGACUACCUGCAUCCGAUGUCCACGGUGCUCUUUCUGGGCAAGAGCGUUAUGUGCCCAAACAAUGUGCUGGAGUAUCUGGAGGAGAAGCGCAUCCGGGUGAAGUCCGCCGACUUGGAUGCGGAUGAGGAUUGAGCCAGCUUAAAAACACAAAAUGUCGCUUACUCACUGAAGUGUCUGUAAAAAGGAUAUUUUCAUUUUUUUUUUGCUAAAAACUGAGAUUAUUAACGAAAUCGGGAAUAUUAAGGAAUUAUAGGAUGAAACCAAUUAAAGUAAGUUAUUAGUUCAGAUUCUUUAUAUUAAUGUUGUUUAAAAAUGAAUGUACUAAUCAUCCGACUAAACGAACAAUCCCUACAAAUUUCAUUUAAAUGAAAUAUCUUUUAAAGGACAAUGUUUUUCUAUUAGCAUUAUAAUAUCUCCUAAACUUACGAUCCUAAGAUCUACAAAAGCUACUUUAAAACGGAUUUGACUGUAGUUUUUUCUAUAAUUUAUUUCGUUUUUAAGCAUAUAUACAAUUUUGUGACUAUAUAUACAUUGCUUCUAAGUUCCUUUUGUUGGGUGAUAGCAAAUUUUUGUUAGAUGGAUGGAACAUAGAGUAACACAAGACGGAUGAAUCAGGAUUCUUUCAGAACCAGCAGAUAAUCUAUAUGUGUAAAAUAUAAUACAUCAACUCUAAAAACA